CCAAUUAUUAGAAAUCGGUAUUAGGUGUAAGGUGCAAUAUUCCGAAGAGCUGUAAAAGUCUCUAUACUAAACCCAAAAUAAUAGCAUAUAAAUGUGUCUAAUGAAUGCGUAUCUCCAAAUUAAUGAAAAAUUGUAAAUAUAUACUUUAUAUACCUAAGUGAAAAUUUUGUGUGAAGCAGCGUCUUUAGAACUGAAGUGUGGUGACGUGAAAGUAAACGUGCGUAAAGAACGUGUUAUCUGAUGUGCUUGUGUUAAGAAUCGUUGAGUAUUUUCACACCCUACCAUGGAUUUUGUACAAGUGGCUGAAGAUGAAGGAGAGGAAGAAAUAGAGUUGCCUUCUGAAGAGGAUGGAACUUUAUUGCUAUCGACGUUACAAGGUCAAUUUCCUGGUGCGUGUGGUCUUAAAUAUAGAAAUAUAGAAACAAAAGCAAUACGAGGAGUCCGUUCUAAUGAGGGAAGACUUUUUCCACCAUCAAAUGAAACUGGUUGGGGAAAUGUUAUAUACUUUUGUGUUUUUCCAAAAGAAAACAAACGUAAAAGUGAUGAUAACUUAGAAAAUUCAACGGCAAAAACAAAGCGCAUAGAAACUCGUUUACGUUGUACCGACUUAAUUGUUUUAGGAUUACCAUGGAAAUCAACUGAAGACAGCUUGCGCGAUUAUUUCGAAUCAUAUGGUGAAGUAUUGAUGGCACAAGUUAAGAAAGACGUUAAGACUGGUCAAUCUAAGGGAUUUGGUUUCAUUAGAUUUGGUUCAUAUGAAGUUCAAAUGCGUGUUUUAUCUACUAGACAUUUAAUUGAUGGUCGCUGGUGUGAAGUAAAAGUUCCAAAUUCUAAAGGAAUGUUACAUCAAGUACCAUGUAAAGUCUUUGUUGGACGUUGUACCGAGGAUAUAAAUGCUGAAGAUUUAAGGGAUUAUUUUUCUAAGUUUGGGGAGGUCACUGAUGUAUUCAUCCCAAAACCAUUUCGUGCAUUCAGCUUUGUUACAUUUUUAGAUCCCGAUAUAGCUCAAUCACUAUGCGGUGAAGAUCACAUAAUAAAAGGAGUUUCCGUCCAUGUGUCUAACGCAGCUCCUAAAACUGAACAAAACCGAAAUAACAACCAAAAUCAUAAUUAUAAUUAUAAUGCUAUUAGUAAUGCAGCAGGUGGUUUACACCAAUUGAAUUAUCAAAGCGGUAAUGUAAAUACUGGUAGUAGAAAAAAUGCUUACCUACGUAGUCAACCCAUGAAGGGAUUAGGAGGAGAUGGUAAUAGUAAUCAUCAUAAUAUGUCAAUGAAUGCCAAUAACUACCCGAUGAGUAGUAAUAGCUAUAAUGGAAGUAGUAAUAACGGAAAUGGUUUCAAUAACCCCAAUAAUACUAAUAUGAAUGGUUUAAUUGGAAGUAAUGGUUCUAAUAAUAGACAAGAUCCAAAUAUGUUGACUUAUAAUCGUAGUGGUAACUCAAGUUAUAUGGGUAACAGUCAUGGUGGAAAUAAUGGCGUGUGGAACACGCAAUCUAAUAGGGGUCCUAUUGAUAUGCCAAAUCUGCAGGCACUUGGUAUAAAUUCACAAGGUCCCAACUCAUCAAGUCAGGGUCAGAAUAUGAAUAAUCCAUUAGGAGUUGGUCUUAACUUAAAUUCAUUACCAAUGAAUCCUGCAAUAGUAGCAGCUGCAUUAAACCAGUGGAGUCUUUUGGGUAAUCAGUUGCAUAACACGUCACAGGAUCAACAGGGUGGAAAUUUUUUGUCUUGGAUGGCGCAAGCAAAUGGACCAAGCCAUCAGGGACCUCUUAGCGGCAAUAACAGUAUAAAAAGUUCUAGUAAUUCUAAUAAUCCUGGCACCAAUGAUAAACAAAAUUCACCACGUAAUGAUUCUCAACAGAAUACAAAUGUUAGUUCUGGAAAUCAAGGCUGGUCUCGUCAGAAUAACUCAAGUGUAACUCAAGGACCAGACGUAAAACCUGCCUUCCUUUGAAAUUUUCAUCAUAUAUUUGUAACUUAAUAAAUAGUUAACAAAGGAUGGUGUUCCCCAUUUAGCUUUAUUUUCAACAUCUUUAAAAAUAAAUUACUAUGAAAAAUAAAAUAAAUUGCAAAAGUAAUGCACAUAUAAAGUUUGUGUACAUAAUUAACCAUUAUGUAUAAUCGAAUUUUAUUCCUUAAGCGCAUUAAAUAACUUCAAUUGUAUUCAUUGAUUAUUAUUA